AUGAAGACACUUGCCCCGCCAGCCCGAGUUUGGAGCCCCGGAGCACCGCGGCUCGGAGCAGCCCGGCGAGCAGUGGGGCACGCGGGGCUCAGCCGCGCGGACCGAGCGGCUCCGGCACCUCCAGCCGCGGGCCUCCGAGGCCGCCGGGGCGCGGUGGCCGCAGCCUCCGGGAAUGCUCGUCGAACCGGCGCGGAGCACAAAGCGGGAGCUCCGCGUCCGUGCGCCAGGCGGCGGGUCCGGCGCUCGGUCCCCGGGCUCCGGGCAAAGGCGGCCGCGCAGAUGCCGGCGGAGACGCUGCCCGCCGCCCGCUCGCGCGCCUCCCACCGCUCGCUCCUCCCGCCGCUCGCUCCGCCCGCCCCGGCCCGCAGCUCCGCCCGGCGCCUGGGUCGGCGAGGCGCGCGCGCGCUCGACUCGUGCUCGGGAGCUCCCGAGAGGCGGCCGCACGACGCAGCCGCGCCACCUCUGUCGCGGUCCGCGUGUCCCUCUGUUUCUUCGCCUCCUUGCUCCCCGCCCCUUCUUCCCGAUCCUCUAGCCGCCGGGAGAGACAAGGGAGCACCCCUCAGCGCGCUGAUUUAGAGGAGCCAGGGUAGAAGGACCGACCCUGGUGGAUGAGCUACGGAUCCUUUUCUCGGCCACCAGCAGCUCUGGAGGGACCCUUAAAAAGAGAGUGGCUUCGGGGUAUGAGGACUGGGUGAGCGCCCGCCUCCUAACACACACGCGCGCUCACACAGACACACAGAGACAGGGUCCUCUAGCUAUCUAACCACACCGACCUCCUCCUCCUCCUGCUGCUGCUGCACUAUGAGGAAGAGCGGACGCCUUGCCACCCAACAGCAGAGUAGAGUGUCGCGGGUGGGCUUUGUUGAGGUGUUCAAGAUGGAUCUAGGCCGUUAAAGAAGAGAGAAUUGGGGAGUGGGCAUCUCAAAGGAUACUCUCAAUCCCUCCAAGACCAACCCACUCUUCCCAACGGCCAAAGAAAUGAACCUCAUCCUGCAAAUGGAGGCUGUAGCUGCUGUGGGAAAACCAUCAGUGCCCAGAAGUCCCAGAAACCCCAGCCCAGUGCUUACCUCAAAGAACUGAGGAUAAGAAACAAACCAACACGUGACUUCAGUGUUGAUCGCCGGCCGUUGGUCAAAGGGUAGAAACCAACUGGAUAUCAACAGCAGAGACAAGAGUAGAGUCAGAGCCUGGACGAGGUCAUCUGUCGAGAGACGCAUGUGGAACCUUCAGGAUCACCAGCAUCAAGUCCAAGGUAAAAGAUCCAGCAAAGGAGACGGAGAGGAAGCCUGAAACAGGAGACAGCCCGGGAGAGUCUGACAUCCCGGAAGACAAGGAAGUGGUUUAAUAGAAAUCCCAUUAAAGUAUCCAUGGUGUAUCUUUAUUAACUGACAAAAUGAUUCUAAGCCACGCCAGAGAAGUGGAGCGUACUCCUGGGAUAAUGGACCAUUCUACCACAUCCUUUCCUUUUUAGCAUUUGAUAUGGAUAUGGUGCUUUUAUGAUCUUGAGAGAGGAAAACAGAAACGUUGCUCUAAAAAAGAAAAACUCUGUUCAUUCUGUCUUCUACAGCAUAAGACCUCCACCUUUUAUCCUGGUGCAUUUCUCUCUGUCACCUUGCUGGCACUCGUGAAUAAAAUUAAUAACAUG